AGACACAGCUGUUGCCUAUUGGCUUGAGCGUAUGCUUGUACAAAAAGCAACCCCAUUUACACAGUGUUAUAGCAACAACAACAACUGAUUUUUUGGUGUGUGUAGACAAGUUGCAUAUAAAAAGAUGCUGUGCGAGCAAGGAUAUAGAACAUUUUAAUUUCGUCGCGAACAAGCGCGGAGCGUAGGAAGUAACGGAGAGGCGUAUUUUGAAAUAAUUUAAUGACAAGUGAAAAAAUCUUAUGUAGCGGGCAACAUAGAGUGAAUAAAAUUAGAAUUUAUUUGAAGUAAUUAAACCCCGUUUGGCGUCAACAUGGUGUACGAUAUGACGCAUAUGAUGCCCGCACAAAGCAUCUCCCUGGGUCGCUAUUAUCUGCACGAUCUCAAUGGUAGCGCUGAAAAUCCUGAUUAUGUUUUGGAUAUAGAUCGACGUUUUCAGGCGCGUAUGGCUUGUGAGACCAUGCCACAGGCUUCGCCACCACCGCCGCCGACACCAGCACCACGACGCCGCACAACACCGAUAGCGCAUCUGGAUCCGUCGGAAUUGGUGGGUCUGUCGCGUGAAGAGCGCCGCCGUCGGCGACGUGCCACGCUAAAAUAUCGCACGGCGCAUGCAACACGCGAACGCAUACGCGUCGAAGCGUUCAAUGUCAGUUUCGCGGAAUUGCGUAAGCUACUGCCCACACUGCCGCCGGAUAAGAAGUUGUCAAAAAUCGAAAUUCUCAAGUUGGCUAUAUGCUACAUAGCGUACUUGAAUCAUGUGCUGGAAACGCCAUAAAGUAUGCGACGAUUUGUUUGUUGUAACGCUGGUUUAAUGAUCAAUUAAUUAUUUGGAAAAAUCAGUUGCAAACUCUACUUUCUUCUUGCCAAUAAUUUUAGCUGCAUUGUGAUACCAUUUAUUUUUAAAUUUUCACUUUAUACUUAUAACAUUAAUGUAUAUACAUAACUUUAAUUUACUACAUACGUUUAAGGUUUUCAUAAUAAAUACUAAUUACUUUA